CAAUUUGACCUUGUUUUAUUAUCUGGCUGGAGCUUUGAAAUAUUAGGGAAAAAAUCCCCGACAGAAAUGGCGAAAACCUGUUGCUGUGGAUGUCUGGAUUUGAAGAAAGGAGCGAUGGGUUGUGGGAUGUAUGGGAUUAUAGCAGGAAUCAUAUGGACAGGCAUAUAUGCCUACGACGCCAAAACAACGGAGGAUGGAAAAGUCUACACUACAUUUCACCUUGGUAUUCAGUCAUCAGUGUUUGGUUACAAGCAGGUCGUCGCAUCUACCGCAAUCAGCGCAAUCUGGGUUGUGUUCUCCAUUGUGCUUUUGCUAGGUGUUGUUCUGGGCAGACUUCGGUUCCUUUGGCCCUGGAUUGUCUUCAUAUUCCUACGUUGUCUCUUCUGGGGACUCGUCACUAUCUGGUACAUUGUGCGCCUUGCUAAUGUCGUUGCUACCACUGAUAUCUUGAAUGUGUAUGCCACGAUAUUCUUGGCCGAGACAUUUCUCCUACCACUUUGCAUCGACGUCUACACCCUGGCCUGUGUUAGUGCCUACCACAGAGAAGUCAUGUACACAGAAAAGUCGCUGACUGAAUCUGACUACGAAGACCUUUAACGCGACAACUGGUGAAAACCCUUCCUCUGCAGUAAAUUUUAUGCACCCGAAAAAAAAGAACCAAUUACUGACUGUUCUUCUUCUUACUUUUUUUGUCAAAUAUCAUAUUAUUUUUUCAAAUUACUUUC